AUGGAUUGGAUGAAGCUUGCCCCACACCGUUCCAAUAGAUACAACGAAGCGGCAGGCGAGAGAGUUACCAUCGCCACUCACGUCGUAUCGACCCCACUUCGAUGUACACAGGCCACCCGUCACGCCACGCCGGAGACGGUAGCCUCCGCCGUCCUCUCCAGUCGUCACUCACUCGCAACCAAAACUUACCUCACGGUAACAAAGGACUACAGAGUGAUGAGUUUUGGGGGAAAACUCAUAGUGCUGCAUCGAGAGAGACGACAGAGCGAGGAUAAUGGCGGCGGCGGCGUAGAUGGGGAAGGAAGGGAGACACUGAUGGACGUUAUGUUGUCGCUGCAGAACAGCGAUCCGGAACGCUACACGAUUUUCAGAUACGCAAUGUUUUCAGCAGGAACAGACUCCUCCGCCGACACAACAGAGUGGGCAAUGAGCUUGUUGUUAAACCAUCCUCACGUUUUGGAGAAGGCCGCCACCGAGUUCAACAUGACGGUCGGCCACGAGCGGCCGAUCUCCGAAGACGACCUCCUCAACCUCGCCUACUUGAACUGCAUCAUCCACGAGAGUCUGCGAUUGUACCCCGCCACCCCUCUCCUCGCGCCCCACGAAACUUUCAACGCGUGGGCUAUCCACAGGGACGUCGACCUCUGGGACGAGCCCGAGAAGUUCAAGCCGGAGAGGUUCAUGGCGGGGGAGGUGGUGGAGGGAUACAAGUUCAUGCCGUUUGGGAUGGGGCGGCGGCGCCUUGGCGUGGGUCUGUCUAUCCGAAUGGUGGCGCUGAUGCUGGCGACAUUCGUCCAGUGCUUGGAGGCGUUGUACAAGUCACGCUAG